AUGAAUAAGAACUUUGGCAGUCUUGUCGUUGGCGCCGGUGGAUUCGAGAAUCUCCCGUUUUUGGAAAAUGAUUGUCGUAAUUAUAUGGACAAGGCAAGACAUUUGCGACUUGGGAAAGGUGGCCCUGGAGCGCUUCAAGAUUAUUUUUUAAGGAUGCAGUACAAAAAUCCCGGGUUCUUUGCGUUGAUGGACUUAGAUGAUGAGGGGAGAUUGAAGAUUGUCUUCUGGGCGGACCCCCGUAGUAGGGCAGCAUAUCAGUAUUUCGGUGAUGUGGUGACAUUUGACACUACGUAUCUGACCAAUAGAUACGGUAUGCCCUUCACACCAUUUGUUGGUGUAAACCACCAUGGCCAGUCAAUUUUGUUAGGAGCAGGAUUGAUAUCCAGUGAGGAUACCGAGACAUUUGUAUGGUUAUUCCAGACAUGGUUGAAAUGUAUAGACGGUAUAACUCCAAGAGCCAUAAUCACAGAUCAAGACAGAGCGAUGAAAAAUGCCAUUGCCAUUGUAUUCCCAGAAAGCCGACAUCGAUUCUAUUUGUGGCAUAUACUGAAGAAAGUCCCCGAAAAGCUUGGCUCUCAUAGUGCGUACAAAAGUGGCAUGAAAACUGCUUUGAUGAAGUGUGUGUAUGACACUCAAAGUGUUGAAGAGUUUGAAAAAUGUUGGGAGCAGCUAAUCACCACGUACAACUUGCAUGAAAAUGUCUGGCUACAAAGUUUAUAUGAUGAGUGUGAGCAUUGGGUACUGGCAUUCUUGAGGGACGUAUUUUGGGCGGGAAUGAGUACUACGCAGCGGAGCGAGAGCAUGAAUGCAUUUUUUGACGACUUCCAUUCAUUUAGUGUCUCCAUUCCCUGUAUAGCUCGAUCCCCAAUUGAGAAGAAAUUUCAAGAUCUGUACACGAAUGCUAAAUUCAGGGAACUUCAACAACAAAUUACCAGUAUUAUUGAUAUGGAUCCAAAGUUAUUUAAGCAUGAUGGUACAAUAAAGACAUAUCAUGUAGAGGAUGAAGUUCGUGUGGAAGAGUUCACAAAGCCGAUUACACACUAUGUGGACUUUAGUGAGGAAGAUGCAACUGCAAAGUGUUCAUGUGGAUUGUUUCAAAUGAGGGGGAUAUUGUGUAGGCACAUUUUGGCAAUAUUCAAAUGUAAUGGGAUUAAGUCUGUGCCGGAUACAUACAUUUUAGAUCGAUGGCGGAAAGACAUCAAAAUGAGGUACACAUUGAUCCAUAGCAGCUAUGACGUAGGGGAUCAUCGGGCAGAUGCUAAUAGAUAUUCAAGUCUAUUGAAUAUCUGUUAUCAGAUGAUUACUCAUGCUGCGGGUUCAAGUCGGCAUACUGAGGAUGCAACUAAAAAAUUGUAUGCAAUGAUUGAGUUAUAUCGUGCCAACCAAGAACCCCCAUCGAUAACCCUCCCUGGUGCGAAUGUUGGCUGUACGACUGCUGAUACAACUACAGUUGGGAGUUCAAAGCAAGUACUAAGUCCAAAAGUUGUGAGAGGAAAAGGCAGACCCCCAUCUCUAAGGAGAGCAUCAAGGAUGGAGAAAGACAUGAGGAAAGUUAAAGCAAAGACGAAGAGAGUACUAGUUAAGGGGAAACGCAAACAGCGAGAUGGAGGAGAUACAGCAGUCGUGGACACUUGCAGGAGGUUAUUUGGCGGAGGAGAGAUGGAUACUCCCAAUGUUGAACAAGUCCAGGCCCGAGAAACGGUGAUUGGUAGUCAAGAAAGUAUGCAAUUUGGGUUAGAUGAAUCGCAACCGGGAGAAAUUGGGUUGAGUGAAUCACAACCGAUGCAAUGA